AUGUUUGAAUCAGAUUUAUCUUUCUAUCUGGCCCUUCUAAUAUUAUGUUGUCCAAUAUCAAUAGUUUUCUUCAAAAAAUUCCCUAUCAAAGGAUAUACAGGUGCAAAUAAAGUAUCAUUAUUUUUACAAUGUUUAAUUGCAAUACUUAAUUUGAAUAUUCUUUACAGUUUUAUCAACUCACUUACUAUCACGCUAGGUCAUGAUGGUUCCUCUGCUAACACCCUUACGAUAGAUCCCAUCACUACAACACAACAACAGGGCCACGUGGACUACACACCUAUAAAAGUUUCCGGCUACACAUUUAAAAAUCAAGUUGCCACCAAGAAUUUGCAAUGUGAUAGUAUUGUUUACGAUCAAGAUUUGGACCUUCAAGUAAGUCAAGCUGUUGAUUUGAACAAACCAGAGGACUUAAAAUUUUUCAGAGACAAAUUAAACGAACUCCGUUCUUUAAAUAAUAUUUAUGAUUUGUUCUUUCAGGAUAAUGAAGAUGAAGUUGAAGAAAGUAUUUUAGAAAGAAAAUGGUACAAGUUUUGUGGGUCUGCCGUUUGGUUGGACAAAUAUGGCGUUUACUUUAUGGUCAAUAGAAUUGCCUAUUCCAAAAAAGGUACACGGAACAAUCCUACAAUUUCUGUAUUAGCUGGUCAAGUGUUUGAUAAAAAUUGGAUUGAAUUAACUGGCAAAAAAUUCCCAUUUUCUGGUCUUGAAUUUCCUACUAUUUUGCCUCAUUAUAUUGAUGAAGGUAAAGAAGCAGAGAAGGUGAUAUUGGGUGCAGAGGAUCCAAGGGUAAUUUUACAUGAAUAUACUAAUGAAAACGGGAUACGAAUUCAAGAACCAUUAAUUGCAUUCAAUGCUUUAAGCACAGAAGUGGAUUGGAAAAGGGCAAUGCAUAUUUAUAGACCAUUACAUGAUCCACAUCGUAUUAUUCGUUUGUCAAUUGAAAACUAUGCUCCAAGAGAAAAGGAAAAGAAUUGGGCACCAUUUAUAGAUGGUAACAAUCUUAAUUUUGUGUAUAAUUUCCCCUUGAGAAUACUCAGAUGUAAUAUUAAUAACGGAGAUUGUCAAAAAGUGAGUGGUCCAGAUUUUAAUGACAAAUCUCAUGAAAAUGCUGGUAAAUUACGUGGUGGUACCAAUUUGGUAGAAAUUCCAUCACAAUCUUUGCCCAAACAUUUGAGGUCUCGCAAAUACUGGUUUGGUAUUGCAAGAUCCCAUAUAACGGACUGUGGCUGUGUUGGAGAGUUGUAUCGUCCACACCUUAUUUUGAUUUCUCGUAACAAGAAAUCAGAUCAGUAUGAGUUAAACUAUGUAUCUGAUUUGAUAGAUUUCAAUGUCAAUCCUGAACCAUGGACUCCUGGUAAAACAACUUGCAGUGAUGGUAAACUGGUGUUGAUUCCAAAUAGUGUGGCGUUUAUAAAAGAUGACUACAUGAGUGUGACAUUCAGUGAAGCAGAUAAAACUAACAAGUUGAUCAAUGCAAAAGGUUGGUUAACUUAUAUAACCAAAAUGUUGGAAUUUACUCAGGAAAGAUUGAAAGAUGAAUCCAGUGAUCCAGUUUUGGAAAGUAGAUUAUUGAGUAAAUGCUCUACGUUUUUAGCUCAACAAUAUUGUGCAUUGUCUAAAGAUACUAUGGGGUGGGAUAAAUUAUCAAGAUGA